UUCAUCUUCACACGAGUGUAAUGAAUAAAAUUUUAAUCAAAGUAAUACUAAGAAAUUUAUCUAUGAAUAAUGAACCACUGAUCUUAUACAAACCUCGCUCACAGAUACAAAGAAAAACUUCUCCAUUCAUAGAUUGUAAGAUUGUACGAACACAAGGUGGCAAGGGAGGAAAUGGUGGCUGCUCUUUUAUUCAUUUAUAUGGUAAUAACAAAGGAGGUACUGGUGGUGGUAAUGGCGGGAAUGGAGGACAUGUGAUAUUCAAAGUUAAUUUUAAGCAAAUCAUGAUGUGCAAUCUUUAAGUCACAUGACUACAGUUUAUAAGGCUGAUGAUGGUGAAAAAGGAGGAUCAAACAAUUGUGAUGGAAAAAAUGCUGAAGAUUUAAUAAUACAGGUCCCUUUGGGUACGAUAUUUUUGAAAACGGGUUUAAAUUUUUUAAACUCCAAUUCGCUCAAAGUUUCAGAACAGGCACUCUUCAACCAGGACACCAAAAUAAUCGCCGAAUUGAACCAAACAGGUGACAUGUUCAUAGCGGCUAGAGGAGGGUCGGGAGGUAAGGGUAAUUCUUAUUUCACCGAUUCUGUCAACAAAGCCCCCCUGGUAUACGAGAAAGGUGCCAACGGGGAGAAAGAACAGUAUUUAUUAGAAAUGAGGACCAUUGCUCAUUUUGGAUUGAUCGGUUUUCCUAACGUAGGUAAAUCAACGCUUUUAAGAGCCGUCUCUAGAGCGAAUCCCAAGAUAGCGCCAUAUCCAUUUACCACGAUAAGACCCCAGUUGGGAAUCAUGAAGUAUAGCGACGGAAUACAACUAAAAAUGGCUGACUUACCGGGAUUGAUCCAAGGAUCCCACCUUAAUAAAGGUUUAGGUUACAGAUUCUUAAGACACGCUCAACGUUGUAUUUUACUGAUUUACAUGUUGGAUUUUUCUACACCUACAAGUGACCACUCGAUUCCUCAAAAUUCGAUAUAUCCCGACGAAGCCAUUAAAAAUUUUACAAAUCAUGAUCGUCAAAAUCUCGAUUUAUUUCGAGAAAUGUUCCCGAACAACGAAGAUAUGGACGCCGUAUCAAACGCCCCGGUUAACGAACCUCCUUGGGAUCAAUUCGAAUUGCUGCGGAAAGAAAUAGAUCUUUACUUUUCCGAUCCUAACAAUAGGCUUUCAACGAAUCAUACCAAUUCCUACUUCAACGACGACGAAAACUUUGGCGACAAAUAUAGUUCCCGGCUAAAUUACGAUAAAAACUCUGCUCACGAUUUAUCUCCUCAUCCAAAUCAUCAUUCGAAAGAAGAUCUAGUCGACGAAAGCUUGAGCCAACCUAAAAAAUUGAUUGAUGGCAGUUCCGGCAGAACGAUAGGACCUAAGAACGAAAAUAAAGAACUGACCUUAUUGAACACCGACCAUUAUAAAUACAUUGUUUUGGGUACGAAAUUUGACCUAGGGCCCGUUUGCCUUACAAAUUUAGGCAUUUUUAGGCAUAAGUAUCCGGACACACCCAUUUUUCCUAUUUCAGCCUCUAAGGGUUAUAACAUCAAAGAUCUCAUGGUGCAAUUAAGGAAGAUAUAUGACUGCGAAGAAGAGAAUUUGAGUAUAAGCCAUAUGAAUAUAAUAAUCAAUUGAACGCGACAACAACAAAAUAAUCCUAUAAAGAGUUUUUUUUAAAGAAUAUUGCCAAGUGUAAA